UACGAAAAAUUAUCAUAUCAAAAUUAAUUUUAUAUUAAAAACAAAACAACCCUACCUCAUAAUUAUGCAACUAAUUUCCCCUAAUAUAAAAUAUAAAAUAGUGAGGAUUAUAUUAUCUAUAAAGAUUAAAGUGAGCAAUCACUCACUCAACCGACAAACCAAACAGUGAACAACAAUGGCAGCUUCUCCUCUACCACGAAUUCCCCACUUUGUCAUCUUCCCAUUUAUGGCCCAAGGCCACACCAUCCCUCUCAUCUACCUCGCCCGCCUCCUCCGCCGCCGUUCCGCCGCCAUCACCAUCUUCACCACCGCCGCAAACUCCCCUCCCAUCCGCGCCACCCUCCGCGGCGUCGACGGCGUCUCCGUCGUCGAACUCCCAUUCCCGGAAAACAUCGACGGCGUCCCCCCGGGGGUCGAAAACGUCGACAAACUACCCUCCCUAUCCAGCUUCUUCCCCUUCGUCAAAUCCACAAAGCUCAUGCAGAAUAGCUUCGAACAAGCCCUCGAAACCCUAGACCCGCCGGUAUCGUGCAUUGUAUCCGACGUGUUCCUCGACUGGACCCUCCGGUCGGCGCGGCGGUUCGGCGUCCCGAGGCUGUGUUUCUACGUGACGGGGCAGUUUAGUUUCACCAUGUAUCAAAUAUUUCUCCGGGAAAGGCCGCACGCCGCCGUGGAUUCUCUCGACGAGCCCUUCCCGGUGCCGGGGUUUCCUCAUCUCACGUUGACCAGGAACGACUCCGAGCCGCCGUUCAACGAUACCGAGCCCUCCGCCGGGCCUUUCAUGGCGAUGGUUUUCGAGCAUAUGGAAUCCGUGAGAAUGAGCCAAGGGGUUGUUGUGAAUAGCUUCUACGAGAUGGAAAAGCGCUACGUUGAUCACUGGAACGAGAAUAUCGGGCCGAAAGCUUACUGCCUCGGCCCGCUCUGUUUGGCGGCGGCGGCGGCGCCGCCGCCGCUGCCGGAGAAGCCGGGUUAUAUCCGGUUCCUUGACGAGAAGUUGGAACUAGGGGAGCCUGUUUUGUAUGUGGCGUUUGGAAGCCAGGGGGAAUUGUCGAAGGAGCAGUUUGAAGAAAUUGCUAAGGGUUUGGAGCAAUCGGAGGUGAGUUUCUUGUGGGUUUUACGGACGGCGGCGGCGGCGGCGAACAGUGGGUUGGAUUUAGAGGAAUUUGAUUCUGUGGAGUUUGAAGAGAGGGUUAGAGGUAGAGGGGUUGUAGUGAAGGAGUGGGUUGACCAGGUGCGGGUGCUCCGGCACGGCGGCGUGGGGGGGUUUCUGAGCCACGCCGGAUGGAACUCGUUCAUGGAGAGCAUCUGCGGCGGCGUGCCGGUGAUUGCGAUGCCGUUCGUGGCGGAUCAGCAUUUGAACGCGAGGUUUGUGGUGGAGGAGGCGGGGGCGGGGCUGAGGGUCUGGCCGCGGGGGGGUUCUGUCAGGGGGUUGGUGAUGGCGGAGGAGGUGGAGAGGAAGGUGAGGGAGCUGAUGAUGGGAGGUGAGGAAGGGGCGGAGGUGCGGCGGAAGGUGGCGGAGUAUAGAGAUGCUGCGUGGCAUGCGAUGGAAGAAGGCGGUUCUUCUAUGCUGACGUUGGAUUUGCUGAUUCAUGAAAUGGGAACAAUUGAAAUAGCAAAAACAUAAUAAUUUGUAAUUUUAUUUAUUAAAUUAAAUAAGUUUAUGAA